CUCUUACCCACAGCGACCAGCCCCGUACCCCCGCCUCAAGAAAACAUGGGAAAAGUUCACGGAUCCCUCGCCCGUGCCGGCAAAGUCAAGUCGCAGACCCCCAAGGUCGAAAAGCAGGAGAAGAAGAAGACUCCUAAGGGCCGUGCUAAGAAGCGGAUGCUCUACAACCGUCGCUUCGUGAACGUCACCACUCUUCCUGGUGGCAAGCGGAGAAUGAACCCCAACCCCGAGAAGUAAACCUUCUCCUCGCCACACUCUCGACGCUUAGUGUCAUCGCCAGGGAGCCGCGCCUCCUUCGGUUUCUGCUGCGGACGUUGGUCCGGGCUCGUUGCAGGCUUGGGGAAUCGCAUCGUUGUUGUAUCACUCGCAUUCUCGCUCUCCCCGUAUGUUACUCUCACGCAUGCAUAUGCCCCCAACACGACUAUGAUUCAGAUUCAA